AUGAGCGAGGACAACCUUGGAGAAGUGGCGUUGCACGCCAGCAAGGUGGACUUUGCCAAAUACAAGCAACUCCAUGAGACGUUACCGGCGCACUUUAUUGGUCUGAACACCUUGGACGUUGCUGAAGCGUCUCCGUUGAAGGACUUUGUUGCCCAGCACGGCGGUCACACCGUGAUCCAGAAGGUUUUGAUUGCCAACAACGGUAUCGCUGCGGUUAAGGAGAUCAGAUCCGUGAGAAAAUGGGCUUACGAAACGUUUAACGAUGAAAGAACCAUCCAAUUCGUUGUGAUGGCUACGCCGGAGGAUUUGGAGGCAAACGCUGAGUAUAUCAGAAUGGCGGAUCAAUACGUUGAGGUUCCAGGUGGCACCAACAACAACAACUACGCUAACGUUGAUUUGAUCGUUGACGUUGCUGAAAGAACCGACGUUGAUGCUGUCUGGGCUGGUUGGGGUCACGCGUCUGAAAACCCACUGUUGCCAGAGCAAUUGGCUGCUUCCAAGAGAAAGAUCCUGUUCAUUGGUCCACCCGGUUCUGCAAUGAGAUCUCUAGGUGAUAAGAUCUCCUCCACCAUCGUGGCACAACAUGCUAAGGUCCCUUGUAUCCCAUGGUCCGGUACCGGUGUUGAGGACGUCCAAAUUGAUCCAGAGACUAAUCUCGUCUCCGUUGAUGAAGUUACAUAUGCAAAAGGUUGUGUCAACUCUCCAGCGGAGGGUCUCUUGAAGGCCAAAGCGAUUGGAUUCCCAGUGAUGAUUAAAGCUUCUGAAGGUGGUGGUGGUAAAGGUAUCAGAAAAGUUGAACGCGAGGAAGACUUUGAGACUCUGUACCACCAAGCUGCUAAUGAGAUUCCAGGCUCCCCAAUAUUCAUCAUGAAAUUGGCCGAUAACGCUAGACACUUGGAGGUUCAGUUACUCGCAGAUCAGUAUGGUAAGAACAUCUCCCUGUUUGGCCGUGAUUGUUCUGUUCAAAGACGUCAUCAAAAGAUCAUUGAAGAGGCACCUGUCACUGUGGCAAAGCCUGAAACUUUUACUCAGAUGGAGAAAGCCGCUGUCAGAUUGGGUAAAUUGGUUGGUUAUGUCUCUGCAGGUACUGUCGAGUACUUGUACUCUCAUGUCAAUGACAAGUUUUACUUUUUGGAGUUGAACCCAAGAUUACAGGUGGAGCAUCCAACCACAGAGAUGGUUUCAGGUGUUAACUUACCUGCAGCACAAUUGCAAAUCGCUAUGGGUAUCCCAUUGCACAGAGUUAGAGACAUUAGAUUAUUCUAUGGUGUCGACCCACAUACAUCAACAGAAAUCGAUUUUGACUUUGAAUCUGAAGCAUCUUUGACAUCCCAAAGAAGACCUACUCCAAAGGGUCACUGUACCGCUUGUCGUAUCACAUCUGAAGAUCCAGGUGAAGGAUUUAAACCAUCUGGUGGUUCUCUGCAUGAGUUGAACUUUAGAUCUUCCUCUAAUGUUUGGGGUUACUUCUCUGUGGCUAACCACUCUUCGAUUCAUUCCUUCUCUGAUUCUCAAUUUGGUCAUAUUUUUGCCUUUGGUGAAAACAGACAAGCAUCGAGAAAACACAUGGUUGUUGCGUUGAAGGAAUUAUCUAUUAGAGGUGAUUUCAAAACGACUGUGGAAUACUUGAUCAAGUUGUUGGAAACUGAAGAUUUCGAGGAUAACACAAUUACAACAGGCUGGCUGGAUGAAUUGAUCUCUCAGAAAUUGACUGCAGAGAGACCAGAUCCUACUAUUGCUACCAUCUGUGGUGCAGUCACAAAGGCUCAUAUUCUCUCACAAGAGGCUCGUGAGUCGUACAUUGCUUCUUUGGAUAAGGGUCAGGUUCCAUCAAAGGAUUUGUUAAAGACCAUUUAUUCCAUUGAAUUCAUCUAUGAAGGCUACAGAUACAAGUUUACCGCUGCUCAAUCUGCUUUAGAUAGAUAUACUUUGUAUAUCAACGGUUCCAAGGUGGAAGUUGGUGUUAAAAAAUUAUCUGAUGGUGGAUUGUUGAUUGCACUGGAUGGUAAGUCCCAUACUGUUUACUGGAAGGAACAAGUUGGGGCUACAAGAUUGUCAGUUGAUUCUAAAACUUGUCUAUUGGAGGCUGAGAACGAUCCUACACAGUUAAGAACCCCAUCUCCUGGUAAGUUGGUGAAGUACUUGGUUCAGACUGGUGAGCAUAUUAACGCUGGUCAACCAUUUGCCGAGGUUGAGGUGAUGAAGAUGUGCAUGCCAUUAAUUGCUCAAGAAAAUGGUACUGUUCAAUUGGUUAAACAGCCAGGUUCUAACGUUGCGGCUGGUGAUAUUUUGGCCAUCUUGUCUCUUGAUGAUCCAUCUAAGGUCAAGCACGCCUUACCUUUCCAAGGCAUCUUGCCAGAAUUUGGCCAACCAACUGUACAAGGCACUAAACCUGCGUACAAGUUCCAGGCCUUGUUGUCCACAUUGAAGAACACAUUGACUGGAUUUGACAACCAGGUGAUUUUGAACGCUACUCUUCAGGACUUGAUCGAGGUGUUGAGAAACGAGCAAUUGCCAUACUCCGAAUGGAAUCAACAAAUAUCUGCUUUGCACUCAAGAAUUCCACUUGAGUUGGACGCAGAGUUGGCUAACUUGAUUAAGAGAUCCUCUCAAAGAAAUGCAUCGUUCCCAGCAAGACAGAUUCUGAAGCUUUUGGACAAGAGCGCUUCAUCACCAGAUGCUGAUCCGCUGUUUGGCCAGGUUGUUGCACCAUUGCGUGAUAUUGGUGAGCGUUAUGCUAAAGGCUUGGAAACCCAUGAACAUGCUGUUUUUGCUGAAUUGUUGACUGAAUAUUAUAACGUUGAGAAGCUUUUCAGUGGUACCAACGUUAGAGAGGAAGAUGUCAUUCUAAAGCUGCGUGACGAAAACAAGAAUGAUUUGUCUAAGGUUGUCUCUAUCGUGCUUUCUCAUUCUAGGGUUUCUUCAAAGAAUAUUUUGAUUCUCGCUAUUUUGAACCACUACCAACCUCUCUGUCAACAAAGCGCCGAGAUUGCCAAUGUUAUGCGUGAACCAUUAAAGCACAUUGUUGAGCUCGAGGCCAGAGCCACUGCUAAGGUUUCUAUCAAAGCCAGAGAAAUCUUGAUUCAAUGCUCAUUGCCAUCCAUCAAAGAGAGAUCUGAUCAAUUGGAGCACAUCUUGAAGUCUUCUGUUGUUCAAACAAGAUAUGGUGAGAUUGGUUCUUCGCAUCGUGAACCACAGAUGGAGAUUUUGAGAGAUGUUAUUGACUCCAAGUAUGUUGUCUUUGAUGUUCUCACCCAAUUUUUGGGACACAAGGAUCCAUACGUUGUAGCUGCUGCUGCUGAAGUCUAUGUUCGCCGUGCUUACCGUGCUUACAACGUGAUUGGUAACUUGACAUACAAUACUGAUGGUGAAUAUCCAACAGUUGAAUGGAAAUUCCAGCUCCCAUCUUUCUCUUCUGCUGCUUACAACGCUGUUCCUCAAGCCAGAGGUAUGGUUGGUAAAGCCAUGAACAGAGCCGUCUCAGUUUCAGAUUUGACAUUUGUCUCCAACGAUGAGUCACAACCAUUGAGAACAGGUUUGUUGAUCCCAUCACCACAUUUGGAUGACGUCGAAGAUGUAUUGAUCAAGGGAUUGGACAGGCUUCCUCGUAAAGCUGUUGUUGACUCUUCUCGUGGUCCUGCUCCAAAUAGAUCUGCGCCAAAUAAUGCUCUUUACAACAUUGUUAAUGUUGUUGUUGGGGACUCUGAUGGCAUCGAAUCUGAGGAUGAAAUUUUGGCUAAAUUGAACGAGGUUCUGGCAGACGCGAAGGAUGAGUUAGUCGCAACUUCUAUACGUCGUAUAACCUUCAUUUUCGGUUCUACUGAUGGUUCUUAUCCAAAGUACUACACUUUCAGAGGUCCUGACUACGCAGAGUACAAGGAAAUUCGUCAUAUCGAACCAGCAUUGGCUUACCAAUUAGAGUUGUUGAGAUUAUCAAACUUCAACAUCAAACCAAUCUUCACUGAUAACAGAAACAUUCAUGUCUAUGAGGCCAUUGGUAAGAACUUCCCUGCUGAUAAGAGAUUUUUCACAAGAGGUAUCAUCAGAACUGGUCGUAUCCGUGAUGACAUCACCAUCCAAGAGUAUUUGACUUCAGAGGCCAACAGAUUGAUGUCUGAUAUUCUGGACACUCUCGAAGUUAUUGACACUUCAAACUCAGACUUGAACCAUAUCUUUAUCAACUUCUCUGCCGUUUUUAACGUCCUUCCUGAAGAUGUUGAGGCCGCCUUUGGUGGUUUCUUGGAAAGAUUUGGAAGAAGACUUUGGAAACUCCGUGUUUCAGCUGCGGAGAUCAGAAUAAUGUGUACAGAUCCUAAGACUGGUGUUCCAUUCCCAUUGAGAGCAAUGAUUAACAACAUGUCUGGUUUCGUUGUUAAGUCUGAGUUGUACAUGGAAGUGAAGAACAGUCAAGGUGAAUGGGUUUUCAAAUCACUUGGAACUCCAGGAUCCAUGCACUUGAGACCAAUCUCUACACCUUACCCAGCUAAGAAUCAGUUACAACCAAAGCGUUAUAAGGCUCAUCUAUUGGGAACUACUUAUGUUUACGACUUCCCAGAGUUGUUCCGCAGUGCAACUUUGGCUCAAUGGGAGAGAUACGCUCCUGAUGCUAAGGUCCCAGAAGACUUCUUCCAAACAAUUGAGUUGAUUUUGGAUGACUCUGACGUGUUAACCGAGGUUGAUAGAGAAGCAGGUGCAAACAACAUUGGUAUGGUUGCCUUCAAAGUAUUCGUCAAGACUCCAGAAUAUCCAAGAGGUCGUCAAUUCUUCAUUGUUGCUAAUGAUAUCACUUAUAAGAUUGGUUCUUUCGGUCCCCAAGAGGAUUACUUCUUCGAUAAAGUUACCCAACUUGCCAGAAAGUUGGGUAUUCCAAGAGUGUACUUGUCUGCUAACUCUGGUGCUAGAAUUGGUAUGGCUGAAGAACUACUUCCAUUGUUCCAAGUUGCUUGGAAGCAACCAGGUCAUCCUGAUGAAGGCUUUGACUACUUGUACCUGUCUGACGAUGGUAUAUCAACUCUAGAGAAGAAUGAUCAACUCAAGGCUGUUUCUACUGAGAGAAUAGUUGAAAAUGGUGAAGUUAGACAUGUUAUCAAAGCUAUCAUUGGUACCGAAGAUGGUUUGGGUGUUGAAUCUCUUAGAGGCUCAGGUUUGAUUGCAGGUGCUACAUCUAGGGCUUACAAAGAUAUCUUCACCAUCACUUUGGUUACUUGCAGAUCUGUCGGUAUCGGUGCAUAUUUGGUCAGAUUGGGUCAAAGAGCCAUCCAAGUUGAAGGUCAACCAAUCAUCCUUACUGGUGCUCCUGCUAUCAACAAGUUGUUGGGCCGUGAAGUUUAUUCAUCCAACUUGCAACUUGGUGGUCCACAGAUCAUGUACAGAAACGGUGUUUCUCAUUUGACUGUGCCGGACGAUCUUGCUGGUGUUUGCCAGAUCAUGAACUGGUUGUCAUAUGUUCCAGCCAAGCGUAACAUGCCAGUCCCAAUCCUAGAAUCUCUUGAAGAUCCAUGGGAUAGAGAUGUUGAAUUUGCCCCAGUUCGUAACGAGACAUAUGAUGUCAGAUGGAUGAUUGCUGGUCGUGAAUUGAGUAAUGGCACCUUUGAGGCUGGUUUGUUUGAUAAGAACUCUUUCCAGGAAACCUUGAGUGGUUGGGCCAAGGGUGUUGUUGUUGGUAGAGCUAGAUUGGGAGGUAUUCCAUUUGGUAUCAUUGGUGUUGAAACCCGUAUGGUUGAAAACUUGAUUCCAGCUGACCCUGCUAAUCCAGAUUCUACUGAACAAUUGAUCCAAGAAGCUGGUCAGGUUUGGUAUCCAAACUCUGCGUACAAGACUGCUCAGGCUAUCAAUGACUUCAACAAUGGUGAACAAUUACCAUUGAUGAUUUUGGCUAACUGGAGAGGUUUCUCUGGUGGUCAACGUGAUAUGUAUAACGAGGUUUUGAAGUUUGGUUCUUACAUCGUUGAUGCUUUGGUUGGUUACAAGCAACCAAUCAUUACAUACAUCCCUCCAUGUGGUGAACUUAGAGGUGGUUCAUGGGUCGUUGUUGAUCCAACCAUCAACUCUGAGAUGAUGGAAAUGUACGCUGAUGUUGAGUCCAGAGCUGGUGUUCUUGAGCCAGAAGGUAUGGUUGGUAUUAAGUACCGUCGUGAGAAGUUGAUUUCCACAAUGGCUAGACUUGAUGACACUUAUGCUGCCUUGAAGAAGCAACUUGGUGACUCAACUUUGAGUGCUGAACAGCAUCAAGAGGUUUCUGCCAAGCUUGCUGCUCGUGAGAAGGCUCUACUUCCAAUUUACCAACAGAUCUCUGUUCAGUUUGCUGAUUUGCAUGACAGAUCCGGUCGUAUGCUCGCCAAGGGUACUAUUCGUAAGGAGCUUGAGUGGGUCAAUGCUCGUCGUUUCUUCUUCUGGAGAAUUCGUCGUCGUCUAAACGAAGAGUACCUCAUUAAGAGAAUUGGUGAAACUUUACAGUCUGCUUCAAGAAUCGAAAAGGUUGCCAGAUUGAGAUCAUGGUAUCCACCAACGCUUGAUUAUGAGGAUGAUAAGCUCAUUGCUAACUGGAUUGAAGAGAACCAUGAGUACUUGGACACCAUGGUGAAGAAGUUGAAGGACGAGGCCUUUGCACAAAACAUUGCUCAAUUGAUUAGAAGUAACCGUGACUCAGCCAUUAGUGGGUUGGCUGAAGUGAUUGGUCUUUUGUCUACUGAGGACAAGGCAAAGAUCUUGGAGAGCUUGAAAUGA